UAUAACCAGGAGCCUCCCUUGGGAAGAGCCAGACAGGCCAGUUUGGCAGAACAGGACAGCAAGCAGGCAGGAUGUCAGCAGGAGAGUUUGGGGAGCUCACACAGACUCCCUUACAGAAAGUAUGGAUUCCUCGGAUGAGCAAGCGCCUCCAGCAACGUAGGGGAUCUUCGGUGCCACAGUUCACCAAUUCGCCAACCAUGGUGAUCAUGGUGGGGUUGCCAGCUCGUGGAAAAACAUACAUCUCUAAAAAGCUCACCCGCUACCUCAACUGGAUUGGGACCCCUACAAAAGUGUUCAAUGUCGGGCAGUAUCGUCGAGAAGCCGUCCAAAGCUACAAGAAUUAUGAGUUUUUCAGUCCUGACAACGAGGAGGCUAUGCAGAUCCGGAGACAAUGUGCACUUUCAGCUCUUCGGGAUGUUAAAACUUACCUGAGUUUGGAAGAGGGGCAAGUUGCGGUUUUCGAUGCCACUAACACCACACGGGAACGGCGCGCCCUCAUUCUCCAGUUUGCUAAGGAAAAUGGAUACAAAGUCUUCUUCAUUGAAUCUAUUUGUGAUGACCCAGACAUCAUCCAGGAGAAUAUCACACAAGUGAAACUAACUAGCCCUGAUUAUAAGGACUGCAACCGUGAUGAAGUUGUGGGGGACUUUCUCAAGAGGAUCGAAUGUUACCAGAAAACCUAUGAACCACUUGAUGACGAACUGGAUAGCUCCCUAUCCUACAUCAAGAUUUUUAACGUUGGCAGUCGGUACUUGGUGAACAGGGUCCAAGACCACAUCCAGAGCCGCACGGUCUAUUACUUGAUGAACAUUCACGUGACGCCUCGCUCCAUCUACCUCAGCCGGCACGGGGAGAGUGAGCUCAACCUGCGUGGACGCAUUGGGGGUGACUCAGGACUCUCUGAGCGUGGCAAACAGUAUGCCUGUGCCUUGUCCGGCUUCAUCCGUUCCCAGUGUAUCAAUGACCUCAAAGUAUGGACAAGCCACAUGAAACGCACAAUCCAGACAGCAGAAGCGCUGGGUGUACCCUACGAGCAGUGGAAAGCACUCAAUGAGAUAGAUGCGGGUGUCUGUGAAGAGAUGACAUAUGAAGAAAUUCAAGACCAUUAUCCUGAAGAGUUUGCCUUGCGAGAUCAAGACAAAUACCGCUACCGCUAUCCUAAGGGAGAGUCAUAUGAAGAUUUGGUGCAGCGACUGGAGCCUGUCAUAAUGGAACUGGAAAGGCAAGAGAAUGUCCUGGUGAUCUGCCACCAAGCUAUCAUGCGUUGCCUCCUGGCCUACUUCCUGGACAAAAGUGCAGAGGAACUGCCUUACCUAAAGUGCCCGCUCCACACAGUUCUCAAGUUGACGCCUGUGGCCUAUGGUUGCGAAGUUGAAUCCAUUUUCCUCAACAUUGAAGCUGUGAAUACACACCGGGAACGUCCUAAGCAUCUUUCCCACAAAGCUAGCCAGGCCCCCUUGAACCGGCAUUUCCGCGCCGUGCCAAUGGCUAGCCCUGAGCCAACCAAACAACCCUGCCGGGAAGACUUGGGCCUGCCCCCUCCCCCUUGCCUGUUUGACCUUCAGAAUGUCGAUGUGUCACGAGAUCCCGAAGAAGCCCUGGACACCGUUCCCAACCAUUAUUAGCCACACUGCUCAAUAAAAUAUGAAUUCAAAAAACUACUUUCCAUUCUUCCAUAGAGAUACCAAUAUUAACACAGACCAGUAUAUAAAUAAAAGUUAAUAUGCUACUGCUGA